AUGGCACCAGUGUCUUUGAAUCUGAUCCAAUUUCCAUUCUAUGGGGUUGUUGCCGGGGCAGUUGUGUUUGUAUUUUGUGCUGUGAAGGUUACUCAAGCACUCCGAAGGUGGAAUUUUGCUCGCCAGAAUGGCUGCCAACCGCCAGCAAGCUCGGUAUGCCACGGCUGGUUCGGCAUAGGCAUGAUAAUGGAGAUGGUCAACUCAGCUCGAGAGCACAACUUUACGGAACAAAUCCGUGGCUGGCAUUCGAAAUAUGGAACUACCUUCACAGCCAGAAUGGCCAACCGAAAGACAAUCUUUACCACUGAAGCCAAGAAUAUCCAAACGAUUCUUGCGCUGAAGUUCAAAGACUAUUCCAUCGGACCCACACGACAGAACGCUUUACGUCCUGUCUUUGGUGAGGGAAUCUUCACUGUCGACGGGAGUAGGUGGGAGCAUUCACGAGCUCUUCUACGUCCUAACUUCUCGCGUGCCCAAAUCACCAAUACCGAAAUGUAUGAAAAUCACGUCACAGAUCUAAUGAAACAUGUCCCUCAUGAUGGGUCGACAGUUGAACUACAAGAUCUGUUUCUGCGACAGACAUUGGAUACCGCAAGCGAGUUUCUGUUUGGUGAAUCUGUCCAUUCUUUGAGGGAAAACAACUCCACCGAAGCCGCAUUAUUUGCAAAACAGUUCAAUACCGCCACAGAUGGAACUGCGACACGCAUUAGAAUGGGCCCUUUGAUGAUGCUCUACCGAAACAAAGAGUACUGGAAGGCAGGCACUGGUCUACGCGAUUACAUUGAUAAGUUUGUGCAGAAGGCAAUCGACUACCGCAUUGCAGUGGACAGUGGUCAGAAGGUUGAUCCGAAAAUCAAAGAGUUGACCGACAACCAAUACGUGUUUUCUUACGAGUUGUCGAAGCAAACACUAGACAAGAAGGAAAUUACUGAUCAGCUCUUGAGUAUUCUCAUUGCUGGGCGUGAUACCACCGCCAAUCUUUUGAGCAUCACUUUCUUCAUCUUGGCCAGGCGACCAGAUAUUUGGGACCGACUUCGAUCCGAAGUUCUCGCUCUCGAUGGACGGAAACCAUCAUUUGAAGAUUUGAAGUCGAUGACAUACAUGUCAUGGGUCUUCAAUGAAUCUCUGCGGCUAUAUCCUAUCGUACCUUUCAAUUUCCGAGAAGCGCGCAGAGACACCAUCCUUCCUGUUGGUGGAGGUCCAGACGGAAAAUCACCAGUUUUCGUUGCAAAAGGACAGGAGGUUACUUACAGUGUAUACACGAUGCACCGUGAUCCAGCUAUAUAUGGACCUGACGCAGAUGAAUACCGACCAGAGCGAUGGGAGAAGAUAAGACCGGGUUGGGCAUACCUCCCCUUCAACGGCGGUCCUCGAAUUUGUAUCGGGCAGCAGUUCGCGCUCACUGAAGCUGGUUACACCACAGUUAGAAUCCUGCAAGAGUUUGAGAAGAUUGAGAGCCGUGACCCGAAUCCGUGGGUCGAGGAUAUGAAGUUGACACUGUCGAGUGCAAAUGGCACUCGGGUAUCCCUCACGCCAGUUGUGAAGUGA